AUGCGUAGGGAUGAAAGUUUCUGCACUUGGCAAGAACGUUAUACGGUUCUUAAAAAAUUAGUAACAAUUGUACAAAGGACCGAGUUUACCAACGAUUAUGGCGCUUUACGGAAAGGCAAUCCAAUCAACAAAUCAAGUAAAUUGUUUAAAUUGAAUCCGAAGCUUGAUUCCGACGGAAUUAUGCGUCUAAAUGGACGACUGCAAAAUGCGAAUAUUCCUUCAGAUGAACGAUGUCCAAUGAUAUUACCCAAAUGUCAUGAUUUUACUACGUUGAUUAUUAAUCACGCUCAUAGUCGAACAUUACAUGGCGGAACUCAAACAACAUUAACAUAUGUGCGACGGCAAUUUUGGGUUAUUGAAGGAAGAUCCGCUGUGAAGAGAGUGAUUAACAAAUGCAUUACAUGUUUUCGUCAAGCCUGUCGACCGCAAGCACAACUUAUGGGUAACUUACCUCCAGCACGGUGUAAUAUAUCACAGCCAUUCAUGCACACGGGCGUGGAUUAUGCUGGUCCAUUUAAUGUGAGAGCGACAAGAGGGAGAGGCCAUCGUACUUACAAGGGGUAUGUGGCUCUAUUUAUAUGUUUUAUUACACGAGCUAUUCAUUUGGAACUUGUGAGUGAUAUGACAUCUGAAACAUUUCUAGCAGCGUUAAAGCGAUUUGUAUCAGUCCGUGGCAUAUGCUCAGAUAUGUACAGCGAUCGUGGUACAUCCUUUGUCGGUGCUGAUGCUUUAAUGAAAGAUGAAAUUAAAUUAUUUAAAAAACAAAUUGAAGCUGGGUCUGUGUUUGCAUCAACCGUUGGCAUAAAUUGGCACUUUAUACCACCCGCAGCGCCUCAUUUUGGUGGCCUAUGGGAGGCAGGAGUAAAAAGCAUGAAAUUUCAUCUUAAGCGUGUACCGCUUACGGCUCUAUCUGAUGACCCCACAGACUUAUCAGCGUUGACACCAGGACACUUUUUGAUUGGACGAGCACCAUCUGCCGUACCUGAACCUAAUUUGCUAAAUACAAAGAUUGGUGUACUAUUCCGAUGGAAGAUGUUAAGCCAGAUGUAUCAAGACUUUUGGCGCCGUUGGUCCCAAGAAUAUUUAACACAAUUACAUGCCAGAAACAAAUGGACUAAAAGCCAAACAAAUGUCGCAACCGGUCAACUGGUCCUACUUCGAGAUGAACGAUUGCCUCCAAGCUCCUGGUUGCUUGGCCGCAUUAUCCAAGUCCAUCCUGGCACGGACGGUGCUGUUCGUGUCGUAACCAUAAAAACACAGUCCGCCAUUGUGAAACGGCCAAUUACGAAGAUCUCUGUUUUACCAAUCGACAUUGAAGGACGUCCUGAAGCACACGA